AUGGCUAAGAAGGGAAAAAAAUCAUCCACACCAGUUUCUACUAAAAAAGAGGACUUAAAUGCUAAAAAGAAGGGUAAAAAAUCCAAAAAUUCCCACGAUGAAGAGUCUAUUGAUUCAAAAGCAAUACAACGCACCAAACAACAAGCACAAAGAGCCAAGGUCACUUCUUCUUCCAGUUGGACUGGAAAAUUACCACAUAUUUUAUUACAUGAAUUUUGUCAAAAAAGGAAGUGGGGUAAAGUGGAAUAUGAUAUGAAAAAGAUCGGUGAUAGAGGUAUGCUAGCUAUUGCUACAUUAUCCUAUACAGAUCCAAAGACUAAAGAAUUGUUGACUAUUAGAAUGAAUGAUCCAACUUAUGAUAAAGUAAAACGGGAAGGUGUUUUAACUCCACAAGAGACAACUAAUGAGGCAAGACAUUAUGCUGCUACAGUUGCACUUUGCCGUCUCGCAUAUAAUACAAAUUUACAAAUGAUGUUACCUCCAAACCAUAGACAAAUAUGGUAUACAUUAGAUGAUUAUAGAAAAAAAUUGAUAAGUGAAGGUAAUACAUAUCACGCUAAUCGUAUAUUUAAUUCUGAACCAUUUGUUAUGUUGUUGGAAGAUAGAAAAAUGGAACAACAAAGGGCAAGGGAAAGAGAAGCGAAAAAUAAUCAACAGAUGAAGGAACAGAAGACUCCUAUCUUUAUAUCAUCGACAAGUUUAGUUAAGAAUGCCAAUACCGAUAAUUAUAAAGAUAAAACAACAAAAACUGUUCCUAAAAAAGAUGGAAAAAUUACAAAAGUUUCCACCAAUAAUAAGAAUUUAUAUGAAGGCAUAAAUCAAGGUAUCAUUAGAUUUCCAAAAAAAGUAUGGGAAAAGGCUACUUUUGUUGAUUUAGAUGAAUCAACUAGACAGUUAAUUGAAUUGUCCUUGAAGGGCAUAAUUGAUUGGAAUUCUGCUCGUAAGUUAGAUAACACAUCAGGUCAAGUUAAGGAAUCGGCCUUUAAGGAGAAACUGCUUUCUUUUAAUUUCAGAGAAACACAUGUGAAUGAGGCUAUGAACUAUAAGGACCCGCUUUCAUUCUUAUUAUUUAAUCUACCGGAAGAUGAUUUACCUUUGUUUUUUCAUAAACGUAAGGAGGAUUCAAAAAAUAAGAUCGAGAUAUCAUCCCUACAAUUAACUACAAGAAUGAGUGUUGAAAGAUUAUGUGAGUGUGGUGCAUCUGAAGAUGAAGUUUUAUAUGCUCUAGAUCAAUGUGGAAAAAAUGAGAAUGAAGCAGCACGUAUACUAACAGAAUCCUUAAUUGAUAAUCAACAAUUUUGUAUUCCAAAACCUGACAAAAUAAGUGAGAAAGAAUCCAUUGAAUGCUGGAAUCAGGAACUUGAAAGUUUACAGAGUAUAUAUGGUGAUUCAAUCGAGAAUGUGGUUUCUAAUUCUAGUUACACAAUUGUAUUAGAUCCAACUUUAAAAUUAAGAGUUAAAGUUUAUAGGUCCAAUAAUUAUCCAAAUUCUUUACCAGGCAUUAUUGUAUCUACAUUUGAUAAAACUCUGAAAUUACCAAACUAUAUUAAAAAACAAAUAUUGACUAAAUUAUUAGAAUAUAUUCUAGAACACAAUUUUGUUGGUGAUAUGUGUAUUUUUACUAUUUUUGAAUGGUUGCAAGAAAACGUCAAAAAUAUUAUUAACAACCCAGGACCAUUAUUAUCCGAAGAAUAUCUUUCUAACGCCCCUGAUAAAGAUAAGGUACAUUUAGUCAAUAAUAAUAAAAAACUGUUAACGAACCGAACUUCCAUCAAUACCCAUUUAAAUCAAGAACAACUAAAGCACGCCAAAAAUGAAUAUACUUUAAGAAUACAAUUGAAAGAAUUUAAAGAAAUGCAGCUAAUCAGAAGUCAAUUACCUGCUUGGGAAAUGCAGGAUACCAUUGUUAAAUUAGUAGAACAGAAUGAUGUAGUAUUGAUCACAGGUGAAACAGGUUCAGGAAAAUCCACUCAAGUUGUCCAAUUCUUACUUGAUUCGCUAAUGAAUAGUUUAAAAAAUACUAAUAUAAUUUGUACUCAACCUAGAAGAAUCUCCGCAAUUGGUUUGGCAGAGCGUGUAGCAGAUGAACGCUGUGUCAAAUGUGGUGAUGAAGUAGGGUAUAUUAUUAGAGGUGUCAACAAAACUAAACUAGGGACAAGAAUUAAAUUCAUGACUACUGGUGUGUUGGUUAGAAUUUUACAGUCUGAUAAAUCUCUAUUAAACAACUGCAUUGUAGUUAUUGAUGAAGUACAUGAACGGUCCUUAGAUACUGACUUGGUCGUAACUUUAUUAAAAAAUUUACUAGGAAAGAUACCAGGAUUAAAGAUUGUUCUGAUGAGUGCCACAGUUAAUGUUAAUCUUUUCAAAAACUACUUUCCUAAUCUAAACUCUUGCCAUAUCAAAGGUAGAACAUUUCCUAUUAAAGAUUAUUAUUUGGAUGAUAUUAUUAAUGAAUUAAAUUUUACUAUCAGAAAACCUCCAAGUAACAAAAUUCAAGGACACUACAAUGCUAUUAAUGAUGAUGACAUUAAUGAUGACUCUUCUUCCCUUGAUAGUUUACGUGUUCAACCUGAUCCAGAUUCAUAUUAUUUCAGAUCUGGUAAGAUCAAUUAUGAUUUACUAUGUCAAGUAACAGAGCAUGUGGAUAAAAAAUUACAACUUGACGGUAACAAUGGAUCAAUCAUCAUAUUUUUACCUGGUAUUGCAGAAAUUGAUAAAUGUUGUAAAAUGCUAAGGGAUAUUAACUCUGUUAACGAUUUUGUUGUUCUUCCUUUACAUUCUGCUUUAUCACCUGAAGAUCAAAAAAAAGUAUUUAAGAGGUAUCCAAACAAAAGAAAAAUCGUUGUAUCAACUAAUAUUGCUGAAACAUCCAUAACUAUUGAUGACUGUGUUGCCACAAUCGAUACAGGAAGGGCCAAGACGAUGUUUUAUAAUCCUCAAGAUAACACUACAAGAUUAAUCGAAUCUUUUAUCUCAAAAGCAGAAGUUAAACAAAGAAGAGGCCGUGCUGGUAGAGUAAGAGAAGGGUUAUCAUAUAAAUUAUUCUCAAAAAAAUUAUAUGAGGAAGAUAUGGUAGAGAUGCCAACACCUGAAAUUAAACGUGUGGCACUAGAUUCGUUAUAUUUAUCUGUUAAGGCUAUGGGUAUUAAAAACGUCACUAAAUUUUUAGCCUCAGGUUUGGAAUGCCCACCAUUAGAGGCCCUUAAGAAAGCAGAAACAAUGCUUUCAACUAUAGGGUUAUUAAAUUCGGAAGACUUUUCUUUAACUGAAUUGGGUCGAUUCAUAUCACUAAUGCCUGUGAUGGAUAGUAAACAUGGGAAAUUAUUGAUUUACAGCAUAUUGUUUGGUGUUACAGAUAUAGGUGUACUGAUUACAUCAUUAUUGAGUAUUGGAGGAUUACCAUUUGUUAAUGGUAUAGAAAAUAAAGAAAAAAUCAGAAAAAUUCUUUCACAAAAUAAAAACAAAGGUGAUAUAUUAGCUUCAGUAGAUAUAAUUCAGAAAUAUCUUGAAAUCAAUGACAAAACAAAGAAACGUCAAUUUAUAAAAGACAACUAUUUAUCUUUUAAUAAAAUUAACGAAAUUUUAUCAUCACAAGCACAAUAUUACUCAAUUUUAAAAGAUAUUGGGUUUUUACCUUUUAAUUAUCAACCAAAUGUCAAAUUUAGAGAAUUCAAUAGAAAUCAAGAUAAAACAGAAUUAAUUGAAGCCAUAUUAACAGGUGCAUAUUAUCCUCAUGUAGCAAGACUGGAACUACCAGAUACGAAAUACCUAUCUACAUCAUCUGGUGCAAUUGAAAAGGAUCCUGAAGCAAAAUUAAUCAAAUAUUGGAUAAGAAAUGAAGAAUAUGUAGAUAAAUUGCUCAAUUUAAAUAAAAAUAAUGAUAAUCAGAAUGAUAGCACCAGUAAUGCAAAUAUGCCUUUACCCUGUACAAGAGCUUUUAUCCAUCCAUCAUCGAUUUUAUUCCAUUCUAAUUCAAUGAACAUUGAUGAAAUUAAAUCUUUAGAGGAUAUGGCUAGCCUUAACAUCAAUGAAAAAUACAGCAAUAACAAUAAUAACCCUCUCUUAAAAUUUCCAUUUAUUUUGUACAAUACAUCAUCUUUUACCAACAAAUUAUAUUUAAGAGACAUCACUCCAACUUCAACAUUAUCAUUAUUAUUAUUCGGUGGACCAAUUCAAUAUGAUAUUAAUGACAAUAAUCAUUCUCCGGGUAUUAUUGUAGAUAAUUGGUUGCCAAUUAGAACCUGGUGUAAAAAUGCGGUAUUAAUUAAACAAUUAAGAAUUCAAUUGGAUAAAGCAAUUAAAACAAAAUUAGAAAAUCCAAGUUACAUUAAUGAUAACAUUAAUUUAGACGAUUCGAACUUAAGUUCCUCAGAUAAAGUAUUAAAGGUAGUAGAAACAAUAAUUUCUUCGGAAGUUUAA